CCUCCUCUCCAAAAUACGUUUAAUUGGAAUUGAUUUGGCGAUGGUCGUUGGGUUAGUUAGUUGCCUAUUGGUAUCGUUCGACUGCGUUUCCACCGCUCGACUCCAGGUUCGAAAACUAGAACAAAAUUAAAUGAUGGAUCGUUCCUUUGUUAACCCCUUUGGUCAACGUCCCUGGAUGGCACAAACUGGCGCUGCAGCACCCAGCGGCGGUGGCAAGGGCUUGAAAGGUAUUAUCGCUGGUGGCAUUACUGGAGGUAUUGAAAUAUGCAUAACAUAUCCCACUGAAUAUGUUAAAACACAGCUGCAGCUCGACGAGAAGGGAGCCAAUAAGAAAUACAAUGGCAUUUCCGAUUGUAUUAAAAAGACUGUGCAACAAAAGGGCUUCUUUGGACUCUACAGAGGCUUGAGCGUUUUGUUAUACGGCAGUAUACCGAAAUCUGCAGCAAGAUUUGGGGCCUUUGAAACUCUUAAAGGACAUAUGGUAGACGAAAGUGGUCAAUUAAGUGCAUCCGGAAAACUGCUGGCCGGUUUGGGUGCCGGUGUUUGUGAGGCUGUUUUAGCAGUUACCCCAAUGGAAACUAUUAAAGUGAAAUUUAUCAAUGACCAACGUAGUGCCAAGCCCCAGUAUAAAGGUUUUGCGCAUGGUGUAGGCUGUAUUAUUAAAUCGGAAGGUAUAAGCGGCAUCUACAAAGGUGUAACACCAACAAUCCUUAAACAGGGCUCAAACCAAGCUAUUCGAUUCUAUGUUAUGGAAACCCUUAAAGACAUGUAUAAGGGUGACGACAAAAAUAAGAAUGUGCCCAAAUUGGUUGUUGGCGCUUUCGGUGCUAUUGCUGGGGCAGCUUCAGUUUUCGGCAACACACCCUUGGAUGUGGUGAAGACGCGCAUGCAAGGUUUGGAAGCAGCCAAAUACAAGAACACUGCUGACUGUGCCAUGAAGAUUUGGAGGAACGAAGGCCUCAGCGCCUUCUACAAGGGAACAGUGCCUCGCCUUAGCCGUGUCUGCCUAGAUGUCGCCAUCACUUUCAUGAUUUACGACUCCUUCAUGGAUUUGUUUAACAAAAUUUGGAAAGAUUAAGUCCUGCCUUGUCAUCAAAUGACGCCUCUGUAAAUAAACGCUCGUUAAUGUUGUAGACAUAACUCUUAAUGACUGUAUUGACAAGACGAAAGCGAUCGACAAUGUCCAUUCAAACCUCCUCCUAUGCUUAUAUACAAUGUAUGUAUGUGUGCGUUUCAGCGCUUGUGCUGCCUGGUUGUAUAUUUCUCUUUUUUCCCCCCAAGUUUGCUGACUUUCUCCUUUGCCAAUUGACUAACUACGCUAUCGUUUUAGCAACAUUUUGAUAUGACUUUAAAUUAAUUUUUACAUUGUUCAUGUAUCAUUUGCGUAGCCGCGUAAGACGAGACUAUUCCGAAUUCUGUUGUGAAUUGCAUUUAAUUGAAAACGUUGUCAAUUUUGUAUGUAGUUUAUUUGUUUUGUUGUUUUUUUUUUUUCAUUUUUAAUUAUACACACGCCAACAAAAUACAAUACAAUUCUUAAAAAAAUGAUAAUAGUAAUAAAACACUAUAUGGAAAUAAAGAGGCUUUUAUCAAUGAA